AUGAAGCUCACUUUCUUCUUUGCUGUAACACUUUGUAUUAUUGCUACAGUCCUUAGUGCUCCAACAAAACAGUGUGAUUCUACGGAAGUGUACGAUGAUUGUGGAUCAGCCUGUCCCCGUGAUGAUGACUGUGGAGCUUUAGAAGAAUAUAACGAAUGUGGAAUUGCGUGUCCAGUCACAUGCGAAAGUUACCGAAAUCCAGUAAGGAUCUGUAAAAAAAUGUGUGUUCCAGGUUGUUUUUGCAAAUACGGAUAUGUAAGAGCUCCAAGCGGCUUGUGCAUACUUCCAGAAGAAUGCGAUUCUGAUUUCCUCUUUUUCGAUUCAGAAUCAAAUUUUCAAGAUGCAAACCAUUCUCUUAUUCGUUACUGCCGUUGCUGUUGCUAUUGUCCUCACGGUGAUGAUGUUUGUGGGGAUUUAGAAGAAUUUCGAAAAUGCGGAACUGCGUGUCCAGACACCUGCGAGAAUUACCAAGAACCAUUAAGGAUCUGUAACAAAAUGUGUGUUCCAGGCUGUUUUUGCAAAACAGGAUAUGUAAGAGCUCCAAGCGGCUUGUGCAUACUUCCAGAAGAAUGCGAUUCUGAUUGUGAUGAUGAUUGUGGAGCUUUAGAAGAGUAUCACGAAUGUGGAACUGCGUGUCCAGACACAUGCGAUAAUUACCAAAAUCCAGUAAGGCUCUGUAUCAAAAUAUGUGUUCCAGGAUGUUUUUGCAAAAAGGGAUAUGUAAGAGCUCCAAGUGGCUUGUGCAUACUUCCAGAAGAAUCAUAUCGUAGUGUUAUAUCAUGCGUUAACAAAUACAAAUCUGAGGUUUUCAAUUCAUUGCAUUACAAUGGAGAUAAAUGGAAAAAUCUUCGCAGAUCUGUUUCGAAUUAUCGCAAAAUACCACUUGAAUAUUCAGCAAUAAAUCAUAAUUUUAAUAUUUCAUUGUUUUCAGGUGAUGAUGACUGUGGAGCUUUAGAAGAAUAUAACGAAUGUGGAAUUGCGUGUCCAGUCACAUGCGAAAGUUACCGAAAUCCAGUAAGGAUCUGUAAAAAAAUGUGUGUUCCAGGUUGUUUUUGCAAAUACGGAUAUGUAAGAGCUCCAAGCGGCUUGUGCAUACUUCCAGAAGAAUGCGAUUCUGAUUAAUUUAAGAGUGAUGAUUGUGGGGAUUUAGAAGAAUUUCGAAAAUGCGGAACUGCGUGUCCAGAUACCUGCGAUAAUUAUCAAAAUCCAGUAAGGAUCUGUAACAAAAUGUGUGUUUCAGGCUGUUUUUGCAAAAAGGGAUAUGUAAGAGCUCCAAGCGGCUUGUGCAUACUUCCAGAAGAAUGCGAAUCUGAUUCAUAUCGUAGUGUUAUAUCAUGCGUUAACAAAUACAAAUCUGAGGUUUUCAAUUCAUUGCAUUACAAUGGAGAUAAAUGGAAAAAUCUUCGCAGAUCUGUUUCGAAUUAUCGCAAAAUACCACUUGAAUAUUCAGCAAUAAAUCAUAAUUUUAAUAUUUCAUUGUUUUCAGGUGAUGAUGACUGUGGAGCUUUAGAAGAAUAUAACGAAUGUGGAAUUGCGUGUCCAGUCACAUGCGAAAGUUACCGAAAUCCAGUAAGGAUCUGUAAAAAAAUGUGUGUUCCAGGUUGUUUUUGCAAAUACGGAUAUGUAAGAGCUCCAAGCGGCUUGUGCAUACUUCCAGAAGAAUGCGAUUCUGAUUUCCGAAAAUUUGUAUGUAUAUAUAAGCCACUUCCUUCUAUUCAGAAUCAAAUUUUCAAGAUGAAAACCAUUCUCUUAUUCGCUACUGUCUUUGCUGUUGCUAUUGUCCUCGCAAGAGGUGAUGAUUGUGGGGAUUUAGAAGAAUUUCGAAAAUGCGGAACUGCGUGUCCAGAUACCUGCGAUAAUUAUCAAAAUCCAGUAAGGAUCUGUAACAAAAUGUGUGUUUCAGGCUGUUUUUGCAAAAAGGGAUAUGUAAGAGCUCCAAGCGGCUUGUGCAUACUUCCAGAAGAAUGCGAAUCUGAUCCUGCACCAGAGGCCGAACCACAGGCUCCCAAUUCAUGUGACGUACUGGUCCGCUGUCAGAGCACCGAAAAUGUGCACCGGGAUUGUGCACUGAUCGAAUAUGAUGCCAUCUCAAACCAUAAUGCCCAGUGUGAAACCGUCGUGACGCUCGGUGAAAAGGGCUGGCACAUAGCGUUUUCGGGGAUACCACUACACUCUUCCGCGGCCAUCAUUGCUUCACAGACAGAGUCCGAAAAUUUGUAUAUAUAUAAACCCUCUGUUUCGAUUCAGAAUCAAAUUUUCAAGAUGAAAACCAUUCUCUUAUUCGCUACUGUCUUUGCUGUUGCUAUUGUCCUCGCAAGAGGUGAUGAUUGUGGGGAUUUAGAAGAAUUUCGAAAAUGCGGAACUGCGUGUCCAGAUACCUGCGAUAAUUAUCAAAAUCCAGUAAGGAUCUGUAACAAAAUGUGUGUUUCAGGCUGUUUUUGCAAAAAGGGAUAUGUAAGAGCUCCAAGCGGCUUGUGCAUACUUCCAGAAGAAUGCGAAUCUGAUUAAUUUAAGAAUGAUUUUAAAUCAU